GAGAAAAGUGUGUGAAGAGUGAAAAUACACUUAGAGUAGAAGUUAUUGGUGAGGAUUGGUUUUUUGUAAUAGUUGAGUGUGAGAGUUUGCUCCUCCUAUUGUAAUUCUGUUCUUGAUAUUGAAUAGAAGAAUUUUCCAAUCCCAACAAGUGGUAUCAGAGCGAGGUUGAGUUUUCAUACACUGUUUUCUCAUUUUCAGAUAAAUUUCUACACGUUAGAAAAUCGUGAUUUUUCAAGUUGCUCGGAAUCACGAUCUGAUCAUACCGUUAGAUUCGUCUCGUCGAGACGAGAAAUCUGGUAUUUUUGGGGAAUUUUUUGGCCACCGGAAGAGGCCGUACGCGCCGCCCAAACGCGUCGGAAAACUGCCUGCGUCAUCAUUGCGUCAUCACGCAGUCCAGAGGAAGAAGACGAGCCACGUAAGCCACCACGUCAGCGCCACGUCAUUCCAUGUAAGCGCCACGUCAUCCGCCACGUCAGUCGUGCAAGCCAUCCUUUGGGUGCCACGUCAGCGCCGCGUCAGCGCCGCGUCAGUGACACGUGGCACCACGUCAGCGCCAGCGCAGAGCCAGCUGUUGCCACGUCAUCCGCCUGCUGGUCUGCUCACUGGGCUGCUGCCUGAACCGGACCGAACCGGUUCGUACUUGUGGAGGCCGGUUCACCCAUUUUCAGACCGGUUUUGGACGAGGUCAGACCGGUUCCUACCAUUUUCGGCCAUUCCGGAUCCAACGGUGAGCUCCGUUUGUCCAAAUUCAGCUCCGAAAAUAAGGUACGAGAUAUUUUGAGCGUUUUAUUAUGGAUAAAUCAUCAUCGGACACCAUGAUUGCGCUCACUUCCACAAAUUACAAUAUGUGGAAGCCUCGGAUGGAGGAUUUGCUAAAUUUGAGGGAUUUAGCCGAUCCUCUUGAUAAUAAUGGCGUGAAACCGGAUAAAAAGACGGAUGAAGAAUGGACAAAAAUGAAUAGAAAAACUGUCGCACAAAUUCGGCAGUGGAUCGAUCAUAGUGUGUUCCACCAUGUUGCGCAAGAACAAAGUGCUUACACACUAUGGGAGAAGCUUGGUAGCAUGUAUCAAGCAAAAACCGCCCGAAAUAAGACAUUACUAAUGAGGAGAUUAGUAAACCACAAGUUACGAGGAGGUAUUUCGGUGUCAGAACACACCAGUCAAUUCCAGGAUCUUGUGAAUCAGUUGAGCACCACCGGAUGGGUUCUCAAAGAUGAAGAGCAGGCGAUACUACUCUUGAGCUCUCUACCUGACAGCUGGGAGACUCUUGUUGUCACUCUCAGCAAUUCUGCUCCCAAUGGCAAAGUGACUAUGCAGAUGGUCACAGAUGCCCUUAUGAACGAAGAAGCCCGAAGAAAAGAAGCUGGGACUGAACAAUCAUAUGCCUUCGUGUCAGAAACCAACAGACGAGGGGGAGGCAGAAAUGGAGGAAGAAGUCGAGGUCGAGGUAGAGGCCAAGGUCAAAACAGAGGAAAUUCUCAAGUUCGCGGCCGAUCACAAGAACGAGGUAUGUCCUGUGAAAACAAUACUUGGUUUGAAGGAUAUUGCAACUAUUGUGGUAAUUAUGGGCAUAGAAAAAGAGAUUGUAGAAAGUUUCUACGAGAGCAGCCACAGACGAGUCAAAAUACUAGCCAAGAAGAUGGUGUGACUAUGGUUUGUUAGUACCCAACUUUGAUAGAUUUUGAUGAUGCCACUAUACUAAAUUCCCAAAUGAUUCACACUCACAUUAUCUGAUAAAUUAUGACCAUGAAUCAACAUAAACAAAUAAAGUGCAUAAUUUAUGUAUUAAAUAAGUUAUACUGGAAACUUAAAAUGCAAUAAGGUAACCAUUGUUAUCUUGAAAAGGAUAUUCAAAUCCUACCAGUAUAACUUUACAUAAUACAUAGAUAAUCAAAAGAGUGACAUAAUUAAAGUGUACAACAAAUGUAUCAAAAACUUUUUACUGGAAAUUUAAAAAUGCAAUAAGGUAAACUUGUAUUUACCUUAAAGGAUACUUAGAAAAUCCUUCCAGUACAUAUUUUAUUUGAUACAAUCUGUUAAAAUUCACACACUAGUUUAAGCUGAGUAAAAUAUGGCAUACGGCUGAAGACAGAAUUGAUAGCCAUUUAAUGCCAGGAUUGUACAUGGGUCCCUGAACGUGUUGGAAUCUCUUCAUAGAGACUUGAAGUGAUCUUUCAGCGGCUAAUCAGUGAAGACAAAAGAAAUUUCCAUAUCAGCUCCAACGCAAGAAGACAAGAGUACACUUCCUUUUGUGACUAGGAUUAAAUCCUCUCAACCAACGGAGGAGAUUAAUCAACUGGAGAUGCCUAUAAAAGAAGGCAGAAGCAUGAGGUCUAAAACUAAGUUUUUGAGUCUUCUAAGUAGAGUAAUCACUCUAAGCAUACAAGAGAUAUCUAGCAAAAGAGAAAGUGCACGUUUAACUUUACUCUCUGCUUAGACUCAUGCUUCACUAAACUUCUAAGUCAUAAACAUUCAUCAAAAUUCUAGAAGUUUAGUAACUAGUUGGAGGUUAGAACUCUCUUGUAUUAAAUUGUUGUAAACACUUAGGAGAACGGUUGUUCAUAUCCUAAAGUGUAGAGAGAAUAGAUAGAGUACCUUUUGAUCCCCACUGGAUCAAUUGAGAAAAUCCAAAGGAUUGAGUAACUUUGAGAAGUGUAAUACUCAUUGUGAAACACCUUUCAAUCUAGGCCUAAGAGUUGUAAAGGCUAGAUUGGCACUAAGUGGAAAUCCAUUUGAAAGAGAAUGGGACUGGAUGUAAGAGGAUUACACCACCUCUGAACCAG